AUGGCAGCCGGACUGGAUGUCUCUCAGGAGGAGGACACAGAGCUGGCUAAGCAGGACGGCAGGGAACCUUGUGCCCGUUGGAUGAGGGGUGUUCCUGGCACCCCAGGUUUUGAUGGCAUCCCCGGGCGGGAUGGACUUGAUGGGCGUGAGGGAGAAAAGGGAGAUAUCGGAGAUUCAGGCCCCAAAGGACCGAAUGGAGAGCCAGGUGAACCAGGGGACAUGGGACCUGCAGGAAAAAGAGGAUUUCCUGGAAACCCCGGUCUGAAAGGAGAAAGAGGAGAGGGUUCCUUUCCUUAUCGCUCUGCUUUAAGCAUGGGACCCACAGGUAAAACCAGCCCAGCUAGUGGGGCUCCCAUCCGCUUCACUAAAACCUUCUACAAUGACCAGCACCACUACAACGACAUAUCUGGAAAAUUUCACUGUGCCAUCCCUGGGAUCUACUACUUUACAUAUCAUCUUACCAUCAAUGGGAAGGACACCAAGGUAGCUAUGUAUAAAAAUGGCUGGACUGUGGCCUUCAAUCUUGACCAGUUCCACAACGGAAAUCUGGAUCAAGCCUCCGGAGGGGUGAUUUUAAAUCUGUCUGCUGGAGAUGAGGUUUGGCUACAGUUGUAUGAUGACAUAUUUGAUGCAGGGAUUUAUGCAGAUAACAACAACGACUCCACCUUCACUGGCUUCCUUUUGACUCCUAAAAUCAUAAGCAACCCAAUUGACAACCACAGACGCUGA